GCGGUCACUCUACGUUUAAUUUUCACAGCCGCAGGUCGUUCGUUUCGUCGCGUAGCUGCUGACUUAAAUUAAUUAAGAACAAGAACGAUUUGCCCCGUUUGGUAAAUGAUCAAAGCGUGCACCGCUGCACAGCCAAUUCGAAUCGGUUUCUGUAUGCCAGACGCACUCGAAGCUGGAAAAUCCACAACAAUUCUAAUGGCGUGUGCGUGAGAGCGAGAUAGAGCCAACGUGUGUGUGAGCAUAAAAUCUCGGCAAUAACAAAAAACAUACAUAUGCUUGUGGCUUCGAUUAAAACGCCAGCGAGCCUUUGUUGAAAGCCCCUGAUAAGUGAACAAAUCGCGGGCUUAGAACUGAAAACUGAGCGGCAGCAAACAAAAUAGCAACAAAUACCCCCGCCCCCGCUAAAAAUCACGCAUUACGUGCACUGUUGUUGUCAAUGGUGUGCUAGUGUGGAGUCGCCCGUAAAUGUGUGUGUGAGCUUGCCGCCACCGCAAUUGAGGAAAAAUACACCAAUACUAGAAAAGCGAAAUAAAAAUAAGCUGUGCAAGUGUGCGUGCGCGUGUCGGUGACGUCGACGUCGGCAUCGAACGUGUUAAAGUGACGAAUAAACAAGCGGGAAUCGGGAAUUGGAAAUAGGAAUCAUCAUCAUCACCGCAAGAGAUAGACAAACAACAACAGACGGCCAAACAUUUGUUCAUUUCCUUCGCACAUAUGAAUAUGCAUGUGUAUACAAUACGACGUACGUAAUAGGUUGCCGCCGCAGACAUUAAGGCUCUGUUCUGUCUCUGUCCCUCCUCCGCUGUGCCCCGUCUCUCUCUCGCCCGCUUGUUUACCUCGAACGCCCACCACCCACACGCCGAGAUCCCCCGCCCACCGUUUGCCGUUCGCCGUCAAUUUGAAUAGGCAUCAUGCUCGGGAUCGCAGAGCUCCCGGUUGGCGGAAGAAGCUUUCCAACACUGGCGGACGCCGAGUGACAUUCGCAGGAAAUAAACGGCACUUUCUUAAUGCCUCUUGGAAAUCAACGAAUUUAACAAAAGCCGCAAAAUGCACGUUUCGGCCAUAAAAGUCGGCUCAAAAAUGGGGGAGGCGAAUGAUGAUAUCGCCUUAGUCGCCAGUAAUCAUCGAAUAUGCAACAUGAAAACAAGUAGGAGCUGCGAACUAACGAGCGAUGGCAAUGGCAAAUUUUUAAUGUCAUGGCGACGACGUCGGCGACGCAACAAUAAUAAUGAUAAUUGCAAUUAUACUACAACCGAUGAUUUCAAUAAAAUCAAUAAAUUGCUGCUAAUUACGUACAUGCUGCUGAUAACAGCGGCCACAAUUUGUCAAAGCGCCGCCCAGUCGCCGUCAUCAUCGAAUGGAAAUGGAGGAGGAUCCGGAUCCACGGGGGGAUCCCCCCUGAGUGCCUUCCUCAAAUCCGGCGGCGCCUCCUACAAUCAACAGUUGCCGCAGCAGCAACUCUUUGCCAUGCUGACCAGGAACGGAGCUUCGUCGGGAGGAUCGGGCUCGGGAUCGGGCGGAGGAAACCGGGGCUAUACCAACGCAAGGCAGCACUUUAUGGCCCUCAACGAGGACGACUCGGAUGCCGACGUGGACGAAGAGGACAUGGCUGCACUCCACUACCCACUGGCCGCCUCACAUCCCCCGGCCCCAGCUCAGAUAUCCUCGUCCUCUUUUGCCAUCCAAUCGGCAUCGCUGGAGACGAAUGGAUUCGUGGCCGACGAUGGCGGGCAGUACGAGCAGGCCCAAAAAGCACUGGAGGCAGCUGCCGCGUCUGCAAAAGCUAAUAAUAGGUACAACAUCGACUGCCCCAAGGACUGCAAGUGCCUUAAUGUCCUCUUCGACUGCGACAAACUGCAUCUGGAACGGGUGCCCGUCUUGCCCAGCUACGUGCAAACUCUGCAUUUGGCUAACAACAAACUGAAUGACACAACCGUCCUGGAGAUUCGCAAUCUGUCCAAUCUAACAAAAGUGUCUUUAAAGCGGAAUUUAUUGGAAGUGAUACCCAAAUUCACUGGUCUCAGUAGUCUUAAACACUUGGUAUUGGCCAACAAUCAUAUUACCAGCAUCUCCAACGAAGCUCUGGCAGCGCUGCCUUUGCUAAGAACGUUGGAUCUGUCCCGGAAUCAGCUACACACCAUCGAGGUUAACUCUUUUCCGAAGCCCAAUAGUCUAGUUCAUUUAAUACUCAGCUUCAAUGAGAUAGCCAAUGUGAAUGAGCACUCGUUUGCGGCUUUGAAUAACCUCACAGACCUGGAACUGAACAAUAAUCGCCUCAGCUCUCUGCCCUUGGGGGUGUUUCAGAAUUUAAACAGACUGAAGAAGCUAGCUCUGAACUUCAACCAACUGGAGAUCAACUGGUCCACGUUUCGUGGUCUUAUUUCGAUGAAAAAUCUUCAACUGAAGUCAAAUAAAAUCCGAGCGCUGCAGGACGGCGUUUUCCAUGUGAUGCAUAACAUCGAGACCAUUGAUCUGGCCAUGAACCAGAUCAGUUCGCUUUCCCGACAGGGUCUCUUUAACCUGACCAAGUUGCGCCACCUUAACCUGUCGGUUAAUGCCAUAUCGCGCAUUGAGUUGGACACCUGGGAGUUCACACAGUCGCUGGAGAUGUUGGACCUCUCGAACAACGUCAUUACCGAGUUUAAACCCCAGCACUUGGACUGUCUGCAUCGCCUGAAAACGCUCAACCUGGCCCACAACCGACUGCAAUAUCUGCAGGAGAACACCUUUGACUGUGUGAAGAAUCUGGAGGAGUUGAAUUUGCGUCGCAAUCGCUUGUCCUGGAUUAUCGAGGACCAGAGUGCGGCGGCUCCAUUUAAAGCUCUUCGCAAGCUGCGACGCCUAGAUUUGCAUGGCAAUAAUCUAAAGCAGAUAAGCAGCAAGGCGAUGAGUGGCCUAAACAACCUGGAAAUACUCAAUCUGGGAUCAAAUGCCCUGGCCAGCAUCCAGCUUAAUGCCUUUGAGCACAUGCUCCGACUGAAUAAGUUGGUUUUCAAAUCGUUGAACUUCAUAUGCGACUGCGAUCUGAUCUGGUUCCAGCAGUGGCUCAAGAAUCGAUUUCCCCAUCAGGCAGAACAUGCGGUCUGUGGCUAUCCGGAUCAUCUAUUAGAUCGUCAUUUGAAGUCCCUAACUGGUUCGGAGUUGGUUUGCGUGGACUCGCCGAAGCCGAGGCUGGAACAGGAGCCAGACAACAUGCUGGCCGUGAAUGGAGCCAACAUCACUCUGCAGUGCAUAGCCAGUUCUCCGACAGCGGCUUCCCUGGCCGCCGCCGAUGAGCUGAAGAUCAAGUGGCGCCACGACAAUCAGCAUGUCCAGGAGCGCGCCUUAGCACUUCACGAUGGUUCCAGCACGGAGACGCAGAUCCAUCACGACCCGGGCACCAAUCAGACCUCCAUCUACGGCUACCUGAAGCUAACAAAUGUAACAUACGAAAGCGCUGGACGCUAUCAGUGCGUGGUAUCGAAUGCCUUUGGAACCACUUAUGCGGAGAAGUUUAAGAUAUCCAUAGGAAUUCAUCCAACCUUCCGGCAAGUGCCCUCCAAUCUGACACUGGACGCCGGGGAAACGGCUCGGUUAGUGUGCUCGGCCAGUGGAGACCCCACUCCAGAGAUUGCGCUGCAAAAGUUCGGCGGCAGUGAAUUCCCAGCAGCCACCGAGCGCCGGCUGCAGGUAAUACGCGAGGAAAAUGCCUUCCUGAUAACCAACGCCAAGCCCAUAGACUCUGGCAUAUACACGUGCACAGCAGUGAGUGCUGCGGGCGAGAUAAAGGUCAAUGCCACGCUCGUGGUGAAUGACAAACCUCAGCCCAGCAUUCCCUUGGUGCACCAGGAGGUGGUUGUGGGUCGCACCUGCGUGCUGCAGUGUCUCAGUGAAACAGCGAAUGCAGACUUUGAGCUAGAGCAUUCACACCGCGAGUGGUUUAAGGAGAACAAGCCUAUACACAUCUCGCCAACGGCCCCGGAUGGAGAUCGCUACUAUUUCUCAAAUAACAAGGAGUUGUUGGUGAUCCUCAAUGCCCAGUCCACCGAUGCCGGACACUUCCGCUGCGAGAUAACGGAUAAUUCGCGCACCUUUACACUGCAGUCGGAGUUGGUCGUAGUCAAGGAGAAUCUCAAUUGGGAUGUACUGCUGAUGGGUAUAAUUAUGCUAACCGUCAUCUGCGUCGUGGUGGACUGCUGCAUCAUUUGGUGCACUUUGCGCUACCAGAAGAGGAAGCUGCGCAUGAGUCUGGCUGCCGAUAGGUUGGCGGCUCGCACUCAGGCCAGUCUGCAUUCCACGCUGGACAAGGAUCAGACGCAGCUCACCACCCUGAAUCGCACGCAACUGAGGCCGCACCAGUCGCAGUUAGUCCUCGAUGGUGUUCCCACCCAGCAGCAGCAGACGCAGCUGAGGCCGCGCAGUCUAGCCGAUCUGGGUUGUGGCAAUGGCGAGGUGACCCACAGUCGCCUCAUCGUGACUACGACCCCGUCCUACGAACAGCGGUGCCUGGAGCAGGGUCUAACCCUUAGUUACCUGCAACAGACCGACUUGGAGGCUCAGCAGGAUCAUCUGUCCAGCAAGGACUCGGGCACCGGCUCAGAUGCGGCCGUCAAGCGCAGCCUGGAGGACUUUGUGGUGGCCAUGCCCAGGCACAAGCAUCACACGGACGACGAGGAGGAGGAAGAGGAUGACGUCAACGACCUGCAGUACGCGCCCACCAGGGCUUUCGGCAUCUCCCAGUACGACGACAUGGAGCUGUACGAGCUGAAUCAUGCUGCGGCCGAGCAGCAGCACUUCCUGCAGAACAACAAUCACAACUACGACGGUGGCGGGGGUGGGUGUGGCGAUGUUGGCGGGGUGGACGGAGCGGUACCCAAGGUGCUGCCACGCAAGUGCAGCGCCGGAGCCAGCGGCAGCAACUACAACUCCAUCCAAAAUUUCACCAUAGCGGACAUUUGAAUGGCAGCUAAACCAAAUGAUGAUCAGGAUCAAAUACCAAAAACUGGCGGCUGCCCCGUAGCCCCAACCGCAACCCGCCCCCAAAACGAACAAAGACUGUUUAAAUCGUAAUUAUAAUUUGUAGACGGUGGCCCAGACUUUUUGACUGGCCACGACCGCAGUGCAGGCGGCCUUAUCGAUGCCUUUGCUAAGGAAAUAGGACAGCUAGAGAAACAUACCAGUGUCUUCGUAAUUUAUGAAAUUAAUCGUUAGAAUCGAUUUUGUGUAACUCGUAACUUGUAACACCUAACAUUUGAUAAUCCCUAUCAUAUAUUUAUAAUUUUCUUUCGCUUGUGAUAUUAUUUAUUAUUUUGAUUGCCCGAGUUUUAGGCGUAACAUAUUCACCCCUGUAUAUAUCACCUAGGGUUUAAUUGUAGUUCGUACCUAGUUUUGUAAGUCGAAGCACACUCGAUGAUCAAAUGGUUGCCAGAAAAUCGGCUAUGACAACAGCUCCAAACGAGUGGGAGCGUAUCUUUAAUGGAUAUUUUGCAGUUAUUUUUUGCUUUUAUUUAACUUUUCGGUUGAAUUUGAAAUUAGUUUGCCUUAUGAUUGGCCUUGACAAAGUAUGAACGGAAACAUUAUAAGAGAAAGUCAAAAUAUUUAAUAAAAUUAUGCAUUAUUCCAAUAUA